CAAGUUAUGUUUAAAUUACCCAUGACUUCAGAAAUUAAAAUUCUGACUCAGUGUGUUUUAAACUGGGACUUCAAAUGGUGACAUGCAUGGAGUGAAUAUUGUGGGGAUGUAACCAUGAUUUAAGUCGUUCCGGUAGAGCAGGAUGGGGAUUUCGCAAGUGUUGAUGGGAUUUGCCGGCGUGACGGCGGGUAUUGCUGUGAUUGGUAAUCUGCCGAUGUCGUGGUUUAUGACGGCCGAGAACGCAACGCUAAAGUAUUUAGAAAAUGGACGCGUUCAGACGAUAGAGAGCAAUCCAAGGAAAAUCGAUGCCAAAGACCUAUGGAAAGACAACGGGGUGGUGAUUAUGGCUGUCCGAAGACCCGGAUGAUCAAUGUGCAGAGAGGAGGCCUUAGGUCUUUCCUCUCUGAAGCCACAGUUGGAUGCCCAUGGAGUUUCCCUGCAUGCCGUUGUCAAGGAGACUCUGGGUGUCGAUGAUUUCCGGCCUUUCUUCAAGGGGGACGUCUACUUGGAUCCGGAGAAGGUGUUCUUUGGACCGAAGAAGAGAUGGUUCCCCGUUUUAGGAAUAUUAAGAUUUAAUUUCCUUAACCAUGCCUAUGCAUUGUCCAAGAAAAACAUCCCCGGAAACCUGGAGGGGGAGGGACAAUUGCUUGGAGGUGUGUAUGUCAUUGGUCCGGGACAGAGUGGGAUCUAUUAUCAGCAUCACGAAAUGGAGUUUGGUGACCACGCUAACCUAACAGACAUUAUUGAAGCAGCCAAGAUGAUUGCAAAGGAUUCCAAAAAACAAUAAACAGGAAAUAUCAUCCUUGUCUAAAAUCAAUUAUGAUAAAGGUCUUCCGUGUUUUAACCCCAUUAUUGUGUGGUAAUGACAGAAUAUGCGGGUAAAAUGAGGAUGAAAUCGUUUUAUUUCAAACAUUAGCAAUUAGUUGGACUGGGAAAUUCACAAAUGUUGUUAAUUACGCCAAUUUGUACAGUAACUGUCAUGCAUAGAGGGUAUUUCUGCCAUGUAUAUUUCAUACUUAUAGAAAAAAAGUAUUUAGUGCAAUAUGUACUACAGUAACAUCUGUCACACAUUAGUUAAUCGUUACUGUAACACAGAGAAAUUUCUGCUUAAUUUUAUAGCAAUUUGUGUAUUCAACAUAUAUGUUACGAUCUCCAGUUGUUGUCGAAGACAACGAUUUGUUUAAUUUCUACAAACAGGUAAAUUUUUUUUUACUUCAUUCCGAAUCCGUGAUUAUAAACCAGUGUGAGAUUUUUUUUUUUAACUUUUGUAAAGUUUGGAAGGUAUUCGAAAUAAAUGCGCAAUACGUUCAAGUACACUCUGUAGAAUGAUUAAUGACGUUCUUCUCCGAAAUUCGAUGAAGAGAGUGGAACUGAGAGACUACAUUUACAGAGCGUGGUUUGUCCUCAUUGUGCUUUUAUUUCCAUUUUGUUUUCAUUGCCAUCAUUUUGCCUAUCAAUAAAUUACAUGAAAUAAAA